AUGAUGAUGUACGAGCGACCCGUUCAUGAUCUCCCUGGCCCCAGCUCUCCACCAGGCUUGACACAUUCCAAGUCCUCCAAGUCCUCAUCAUUGAACUCUGUACCCUCGGAUGAUGACAGCGUACUUGCUGAUGCUAGCCACUUCGAAGACAUUGGACUCCAGGAUGACUCCCACGUUGAUGCUCGAGGGCUAACCCAGAACCUCAAGCCUUCGCCCAUGCUGUACAGCUCUAACCCUACUUCGGAAUUACGAGUACCCUCCAAGAGCAGUCGAUCUUCCCGCAGUCCGUCCAAAACCCGCAAGAGGGAUACCUCAACAGCAUCGAGCAAAAGCCGACCGACCCUCCCGAAUAUCCAGAGUCACCUACGAACCGUCAAUGGCAGAGUGGCGAGCUUGGGGCUCACCCCCGAGCUUCACACUGCCCCUCUUCCCAUGCGCUCCCUUGGCAACCGAUCGCCCUCCUCUACCUCGAUACGGCAACGCAGCCCUAGCCCCAAUCUUCAGACUGGCUUCCCCAUGAAGCCACGGAGGAGUAGCUGGCAGUCAACACGGGAGCGUAAGACAGCCAGACAAUUGGAGAUGGAGUGCGAUGAUGAUGACGGAGACGAUAUUCCUGACGGUCUCGUACUUGAUAAUGUGCCAAUCUCGCCUAGGCCACCCACGGAACGAUCAAGAAGCCGAGCUUCUUCCAAAGCCCCUUCCCCAGAACGCGCUCCUCCUAAGGAGAGGGUACGAAGCGUGGGAAAUGGCACACCACCAGUCGCAGCAGCACAGGGAUCCCUUAGGUCGCCCACAUGGAAGUCAGAUGCAGCAGUGCCUACUAGGGCUAGCAUUGCCGCAACCAUUGUCAGCCCAUUGGAACUCGCCCGAUCCAAGAGCUGGUCUGCUGCAUUGGCUGAGCUGAACUCUGAUGCCAAGGAGCUGACCGAAAAGCUGGAGGAGCAUGCGGAAGAAUUGGAAGCAAAGGGUGUGCGAUCUAGCGCGCCGUCUAUCCGCAGAAAUUCCGACGGCAAGCCCCGUGUGAAAUCGGGUCUUCCUGAGCUCCCACCGCUUCGCAAAUCCAAUGUCAUGAUCGACCCUCUACCGCCGUCCAAGGAAAAGGAAGCCGUUUUGUCGCGCACUCGUCCGUCCUGGCUCCCGCCCAAGGAUCCCGCCGAGGAAAAGCGCCAUCUGAAGGAGUACCAGAGGAUGAUGGCUCAGAGCAUCGAGGCUGAGCGUAGACGUGAAGAAACGAAGAAGGCCCGGAUCGAGAACCGUGAUACCCGAGCCGACAACUUGAUGCACAUUUGGGAGGAGAACAUCAUUCCUCGUUGGGACGAAGCCAUCCGUGAGCGCAGGACACGAGAGCUGUGGUGGCGUGGUAUUGCGCCGCGCAGUCGAGGUGCUGUGUGGAGCAAGGCAAUCGGUAACGGGCUCGCACUUUCUGAUGCUUCAUUCAAGGCUGCGUUGAAGCGGGCCAAUGACGCUCAAAAAAGGCACGAUGACGGACAAGGCAGCACCGACGAUUCUUACGCUGCGGCGUGGUUUGAGGAUAUUAAGAAGGACGUGGAAGAGUAUACCUUCCCGGAUCUUCGCAUCUUCCAGACUGGAGGGCCUCUCCACCAGAGCCUGGUCGAUGUUCUCAGCGCCUACUGCAUGUACCGGAGUGAUAUCGGAUAUGUUCCUGGCUGCAAUACGAUUGCAGCUAUCCUGCUCCUCAACCUCCCCACAGCCACCGCCGCCUUCAUUGCGCUUGCCAACGUCCUCAACCGUUCCUUACCCAUGAGCUUCCAUACCAUGGACAGGACCGCCAUGUCUUCGGCCUACAACCUGCUACUCCAAACCCUCCAGCACAAGUCUCCCAGCCUGCACGAGCACCUGGUCAAGCUGCCCGACCACGAUGCCGAUCUCUAUCUGGGCGACAUCUUCACCGGCCUCUUCACUCGCCAUCUCGCUCUGGAUGAGGUUACUCGACUCUGGGACGUGUACGUUUUCGAGGGCGACGCCGUCCUCGUCCGCGCAGGCAUUGCUCUCCUGCUGCAGAAGGCCAUGUCCCUCAUGGGUACUAAGACUAUCCAGGAGGUCAGGGCCAUAAUGAAUAAUUCAUCUGAUGGCGUGUUGAGAUCAGCGCCCAUCCUGCGCAGCACCGGCGAAGAAGAUCGCUGGAUGCGCGCCGUGAGGGAAGCCGGGAAAGCGCAAGCUUAA